AUGAUAGUUCGUAAAGAUGCUGUUGAAGCUGGCGCCUUCACGAAAUUUCGUCUAUUGAUGUGGAAGAAUUUUUUGCAACAAUGGCGGCAUCGAAAACAAACUUUUGUUGAAUUACUGCUUCCUGUUUUAACAAUGACGUUAGUUCUUAUUUUGCGACAUCAGAUAGAGCCAAAUAAGGAGGGUCCUUUAUCUUAUCCACCUAUACCUGCAUACAGCCUUAAUCAUUCCGCAGUCGUAUUCGCAGGUUUAGAUAUAAAAGAAUUAAGUUUGGCGUACUCACCCCAAAGUCCAAUUUUAGAUGACAUAGUUCGAAGUGCUGUUGUUAAUCUACUGGCUUUAAAUUUAAGAGAUCUAAUCUCUAUUAUAACAGAACAAGAAAAUAUUUCUCCCCCUUUUCCUAUAGAAAUACCUCCAGAUUUAAAUACUACUUUAAUAUAUGAAAUUGCAAAACGCCUAGUGAGAAUAACGCCAUACAAUAGUAGUUCCCAGCUGAGAGGUAUAUACAGAGAUGAACAGGAAAUUCGUCGGGUCAUAGCGGCCAUUCAAUUUGACGACAGUUUGUUAGGUACCACACAGCUACCAAAUAACUUGACGUACGCAAUAAGAUUUCCUGAAAGACCUCGCUUGAAUUCAUUCUUUGGUUAUGGAGGACGUAGUUGGCGUACACAAAAUAGUUUUCCCCUUUUUGAACUACCCGGUCCAAGAUUUCCAUACUCGUGGGAAGGAGGAAAUGAUCCAGGUUACGUGAACGAAUUAUUUAUAGCUUUACAACAUACUAUAUCCAUGGAACUGAUAUCACGUGUCGCUGGUGAAAGACUGCAAGAUGCAUUCCCAGUCAAUAUACAAAGAUACCCACAUCCAUCGUACAUGCAAGAUCUCGCUGUGCAAACUCUAAUAUUUAUAUUCCCAAUGUUUUUCAUGAUAAGUUUUAGCUAUACAGCUGUAAACAUCGUACGAAAUGUAACCGUAGAAAAGGAACUCCAACUCAAGGAAACUAUGAAAAUAAUGGGUCUUCCUACGUGGCUACAUUGGACGGCGUGGUACUUUAAACAAAUGAUAUACAUGAUAAUUAUCACGGGUUUUAUCUUGAUUAUACUAAAGGUAAAUUGGUUUACAACUGAAGACGGCUUUAGAGGCUACGCUGUAUUUACUAACACUCCGUGGACUGUUCUGCUGUUUUACAUUACUCUUUAUUUAUCUUGUACCAUAUUUUUCUGCUUCAUGAUAAGUGGUUUAUUCUCUAAAGCAAGUACAGCAGCGUUAUUUGGAGGAGUAAUAUGGUUUAUGUCAUUUGUCCCAGCUGUUUUACUGGGAAUCGACGUGGAAAUAUCGUUGGUGGUUCAAGCUUUCACGUGCUUGAGUAUCAAUACAGCUAUGUCUUUUGGAUUCCAGUUAAUAUUAAGUAAAGAGAACAAUGAGGGUAUGCAAUGGGGUGAGUUUUUCACAACACACUCCGUCGAUACCAAUAGAUUAUUGUUCGGCCACGUUUGUAUUUUUCUUAUAGUGGAUAGUGUACUGUACAUGUUGAUUGCGUUAUACUUAGAACAAGUUAUGCCGGGCCCAUUUGGAGCUCCGAAGCCAUGGUAUUUUCCUUUUCAGAAGUCUUUCUGGUGUUCACCAAAAAAAGUCAUUUACGAUGAUUUAUUUACUGGUACUACGGAUAUGGACGGAGAAAUGAUUAAAGAAAAAGAUCCAAGGAAUCUUGAUAUAGGAGUUAAGAUGAUGAAUUUAACGAAAGUUUAUGGCAAUAAUGUUGUAGUAAAUAACUUAAAUUUAAAUAUAUUCGACGAUCAAAUAACUGUUUUACUUGGACAUAACGGAGCCGGAAAAUCUACAACGAUUUCAAUGUUAACAGGCAAUGUGGAAAUUAGUCAAGGCAGCGUUUGGGUGGCGGGAUAUAAUAUGGCGACGCAAACCUCGUUAGGCCGCGCCCGUCUCGGUCUCUGUCCACAACAUAAUGUGAUUUUUGACGACCUGACUGUCCGCGAACACUUUGAGUUUUUUACCAGACUCAAGGGAUACAGUGGCAAGGACCUCUACUAUGAAAUAGAUGACCUCAUCGAUAGAUUGGAAAUGCAAGAGAAGAGAAAUUACUUGGCAAGAGGUUUAUCCGGGGGACAAAAGCGUCGGCUGUGUGUGGGAAUCGCCCUCAGUGGUGGACCGCGCGUAGUGUUACUUGAUGAACCUACUUCUGGCAUGGAUCCUUCCUCGAGAAGAGCUCUUUGGGAUUUGCUUCAAAAAGAAAAGAAAGGACGAUCGAUCAUCUUAACAACACACUUCAUGGACGAAGCGGAUUAUCUUGGCGAUCGAGUUGCAAUAAUGGCAAACGGUCGUCUUCAGUGUGUUGGCUCUCCAUAUUUCUUAAAGCAGCACUACGGAGUUGGAUAUACUCUGGUGAUAGUGAAAACUGAAAAUUUUCAAACCGAAUAUUGUACAGCACUUAUCGGCAAAUACAUUCCGGGGACAGUGGUUAAAGAAGAUCACGACGAAGCACAAACUUCCUCAGUCCGACAGCCCGAUUCUGAAAGGAACCAACAACUCAAAAUGGCGCCUCCGGGAACAUUUAGUUUCGUGCCAGCAGAGUGGCCGAAGUAUAUAACUAGAUUCAAAAGGUAUAUGAGCGUAUCGGGAAAUGAAGAAUUAAGUGAUAAAAGUAAAAUAGAUUUUCUGUUAUACUCGAUGGGAGAUAAGGCAGAAGACAUAAUUAUUCAAUUUGAUAAAAAUUUAACUUAUACAGAGUUACUUCAGAGUUUUGACAAAUUUUUCUUUCCCAAGAAGAAUGUAAUUUACGAAAGAUUCAAAUUUAACUCAAGGGUACAAAAGGAAGGGGAAGAUUUUGAUCAAUUUGUCACGGAUUUGCAUAAGUUAGCAGAGGGAUGCGAGUAUAACUUGUUAAAAGAAGAACUUAUACGAGAUAGAGUAGUGAUUGGCAUAAGGGAUAGAAAUAUAAGUGACAGGAUGCUCUUAAAAAAUGACUUAAAGCUUGAGGAGGCUAUUCAAAUGGGAAAGCAAGCGGAAAUACAAAAAAAAGAGAGUAUGAUUAUAAGAGAAAAUAAGGAAGAAAGUGAAAUAAAUAGGGUGAAAGUAGGAACAACAACAGCACAAAGAAACAACGAAGAACUACAAUUAAAAGGAAAUUGUUGGUUUUGUGGACAAAAAAGACAUCCUAGGUGCAAAUGUCCAGCAUCAAAUAUAACAUGCUUCAAGUGUCGAAAAACGGGGCAUUUUGCUAGGUUGUGCAGAGCCAAGAUAGUAAAAAAUAUUGAGAAGGAAGAAAUAGGAACUACAUAUGAGGUUAGUUUCUGUGAGUCAAAACAAAAGUAUUUAAUAGACGUAGAUGUUUUUCAAGAGGACCAGUUUAUAAGUAAAGUAAAAUUUCUUAUUGAUACAGGAGCAGACAUAAGUGCUAUACCAGACAAUAUUAUAAAAGGAUGUGGACUCUCUAUAGUGAAAAGUGAUGAUGUGAUCAAAGGACCAGAUGGGACAAAAUUAGUGGUUUUGGGAACUACUAAUUUAAAGCUUAGGUAUAAAGAAAAUGUAUAUGAAGGGAAAGAAGUCACAUACAAUCUGCCGAAUAAUUAUUCACAUGCAUUUGAAGAUUUGCUUAAUGAUCUUGAAAGGAAUAAACAAAAAAUAGAAUUCAUAAGCUACGGGCUAGUUGCUACAACUAUGGAGGACGUUUUUAUGUCGGUAGGUUCAGAUGUUGAAUUAAGUUCAGAAUCAGAGGAUACAACAAUAACAGCUGAAUCUCAAGACAGAGAUGCAAGUGUCGAUAAUUUAUCUUUAGAAAACUUGGAUAAAAGUGACGAAAGUGAAACUGGGCUACGGCUAUUAUGGCUACACGCGAGUGGAGUAUGGAUGAAACUAUUUUUAGUUUGGACGCGUUCGUGGGGGCGUUUGAUACUGCAAGUUUUAGUGCCUAUUCUACAAAUAACCUUAAGUUUGGGCAUAUUGGAGUACCUAACGGCUACCAGCUCGCCGGCCACGCGACGGCCUUUAACUCUUACUGAAAGAUAUUUAAGUACUGAAACACUUUUAAGUUUUAACGGUACUAAUUCCUCAUCAUUGGGAUCUUUGGCCAAAGAAAGCUACGAGAUGAUAUUUAAUUCAGCCAACAUUGACUCCAUGAAGCUAACAUUAGUUGAGGGACAAAGUAUUGAAGACUAUUAUUUAGAACGGACUUCAGAUCCAGUAGUUUUGGGUGUCAUUCGUAAUAAACUGUUAACUGGAGCGACAUUCGAUGAGGGUUCAGCUACUGCUUGGUUCAGUAACUUCGGCUACCAUGAUGUGGCUAAUUCACUUGCGGCUGUACAUGCGGCUUUACUGAAGGCUGUUGACCCUUCAGUUAUCUUUAAAGUAUACAAUCAUCCACUGGAAGCCAACUAUAAUGACGAUAAUGAUCUUCAAGUGAUGGUGUCAUUGGUAUCGAUGCAAGUCGCAGGAAGCAUUGGCAACAGCUUGGCUAUCGUCAGUGCAGUUUUCAUCGUGUUUUAUAUAAAGGAGCGCGUAACGCGAGCUAAGCUGCUGCAGCGGGCCGCGGGCGCGCAGCCGGCGGUGCUGUGGGGCGCCGCCGCCGUGUACGACUGGCUCUGGUUCUGCGUACUUGCUGCUACCAUUAUCGCUUGCUGCGCGGCUUUCAGAAUUAUCGGCUUGUCUACCGUCACUGAGCUGGGUCGUCUGUAUUUAUGUAUAAUAGUUUACGGCGCAGCAAUGCUACCUCUACACUACCUUUUUUCACUUGUUUUCAAUGGGCCUGCUCUUGGAUUUGUUGUUAUGUUUUUCGUCAAUACACUUUUAGGCUUAAUGGGUGCUCAAAUUGUGGAAGCCUUGUCUUUACCCAACAUGAACACGGGCGAGGCGGCCAGAAUUAUGGACAACAUCUUGCCAUUUUUCCCACUCUACAGUUUGGUUACGUCAACAAGAAAAAUGAAUCAAGUUGGUCUAAGAGUUCAUUCUUGUCUUCAAUAUUGCGACUACGUGGUUUCGCUUCAUCCAGAAGUAGAAGAGUGUACCAUGGAAGCCUUAUGUGAACAUUUUUCAAAAAAUUGCUGCAUUCGUGAGAACCCAUACUUCGACUGGGAGGAUCCCGGAGUUUUACGAUACCUUAUCUGUACUCUUGCAUCCUGUGUAAUUUUCUGGAUAAUAUUGAUGAUUAUAGAGUACAAUUGGUUGCAGAGGGUUUUUGCUCGUAGCAGAAAGACAGUUGAACAGGAUGAGUCCACAAUGGAUCCGGAUGUAUUGGACGAGGCUAAACACGCCAAACACGUCGACCAAAACUCUCGCGAAGUGGCACUCGUUGCGCGCGGCCUUACCAAGUAUUAUAAGAAUCAUCUCGCUGUCGAUCAAAUAUCUUUUACUGUAGGUGAAGCAGAAUGCUUUGGUCUGCUAGGAGUAAAUGGAGCCGGAAAGACUACUACGUUUAAAAUGUUAAUGGGAGAUGAAACUAUAUCGAGCGGAGAUGCAUUUGUCAGUGGUUUAUCUGUCAAAAAAGAUCUCACUAAAGUUCAUCAAAACAUUGGUUACUGUCCUCAAUUCGAUGCGGUGUUUGAUGAACUGACAGGGCGGGAAACAUUGUAUCUUUUCUCAAGAUUUCGAGGUCUGAAAUAUUCUCAUUCUUCGGUACGGGCACACAUCCUGGCCGAUGCUUUGGGCUUUACAAAACACCUCGAUAAAAAAGUAUGUCAAUAUUCUGGAGGAAACAAAAGAAAGUUGAGUACAGCGGUGGCCAUGUUGGGUCGGACGCGGCUCAUGUUCGUGGACGAGCCGACCACGGGCGUGGACCCCGCCGCCAAGCGCCAGGUGUGGCGCGCCGUGCGCGCCGCGCGCCGCGCCGGCCGCGCGCUCGUGCUCACCUCGCACAGCAUGGAGGAGUGCGAGGCGCUGUGCUCGCGCCUCACCGUCAUGGUCAACGGCCGCUUCCAGUGCAUCGGCACUCCGCAACACCUCAAGAAUAAAUAUUCCCAAGGUUUCACGUUAACUAUUAAAAUUAAGACAGGCGAAAAUGCAGACAGAAGUUCAAUUACGUCUGAGAGUAAAGCCGAAGCAGUAAAGAAUUAUGUUGCCACUCAUUAUAAUAAUGCAAAAAUAGUGGAGGAGUACCAAGGAAUCAUUACAUACUAUCUGCCGGACCGGAGCAUGCCGUGGUCGAAAAUGUUCGGAAUAAUAGAGAAAGCAAAGAGAGAAUUGGACGUCGAAGAUUACAGUAUACUGCAAACAACUUUAGAACAGAUUUUCUUACAGUUUACUAAAUAUCAAAAGGAGGGGCGG